AUUCUCCACCUAUUUGACAUCUCAAAAUUAAUUUAUCUUCAAAGAGCGAUGGUUGGAAGAGAAAAUGACAGCUUGUCUUCACAAAAUUGAACCCCCUUCGCCUCAGUAUUUUGUAUUCACUGACACAAGAGAGGGCUAGAUAUUUCAGUCGAGCUGCGAUACUAUUGCGUACCGCUUUUAAGCUUUAUUUUCCCUCCAGAUCAUGUCCUCAGUGGCCCUUGACAUUAUAGCUGAGACCAAAAGGCGUAGUCUAAACAGGGACACCAAACCAGACUCUCCAAUCAGAGACAAGAUUGAAAAGUGUACGAUUCACCACGAGUCAGUAUUCAAAGCGAUCUGGGACUGGUUUGUCCUCGCUCUGGUGCUGUACACGUCAAUUGAAAUCCCGUAUAAAGCGGCAUUUCUCACCAAGGAUGUGCAACGUAAAGGAGUAUGGGAAAAAAUUAACGCAGGGGAACCCCGUGAGGUGGUGAACCUUUUAGUCGACCUCAUGUUCAUCAUUGACAUACUGAUAAAUUUCCGGACGACUUACGUGGACAAAACAUCCGACAUGGUGAUCAGCACGCCCAAGAAGAUCGCCGUUCAUUAUCUGAAGUCGUGGUUUACGAUAGAUUUUGUGUCCGCCAUACCAUUUGAUUACUUCAUUCCGGACGAGUUUGAAGAGGCCGCUACUGUCGCAGGUCUGUUAAAAACUGCACGUCUGCUUCGUCUCGUCCGAGUCUCCCGGAAAAUGGAUCGUUAUUCUGAAUACGGCUUAGCGCUAGUUUUUCUGUUGACAUCAUUUUUCACUCUUGUUGCCCAUUGGUUGGCCUGUAUCUGGCUCGCGAUUGGCAAUAGAGAGGAUAAAGUCCCGUAUGGCUGGAUUCAACUUUUGGCCGAAAGAAUGAGAAAACCGAUUAAUGAUUCAGUACCGGGAAGUGGGCCGGGGAAUGGGACCCGGUAUAUCACAGCUCUGUACUUUGCGUUAACCAGCCUGACGAGUAUCGGCUUCGGGAACGUAGCUCCUCACACUGACAAUGAGAAAAUAUUUUCUGUUAUAACGAUGUUGAUAGGAGCGCUAUUUUACGCGACGAUCUUUGGAAACUUAACAGCCAUCAUACAACGUCUUUACUCCCGUUCAGCCCGAUAUCAUCGAGAUACGCGAGUCAUUAAGGAAUUUAUCACCUUAUAUAACAUACCAGAACCCCUCCAGGGGACCCUCCGAGAGUACUUCACUAUGGAACAAACGGCAGCUAAAGGGGACGAUAUCGAGUCGAUCAUGCAUCGCUUUCCUGAAUCUCUUCAAGCCGACAUUAGAGUUCACCUCAACCGCCAGGUGCUCGAUCAUUUUGAGAUUUUUCGUGGAGCAAGUGAAGGCAGCCGCCGCGCUCUCGCGACGGCAUUUCGAGUCGAGAUGUUUCCUCAGCAUCACUUCCUGUUGAAGGAAGGCGACCAGGUUACCAAGCUUUAUUUCAUCGUUUCCGGCUCUGUGGAAGUCAUACGGAGUCAACAAAGUAUGAAGUUUUUGGGUCCGGGAGAGAUUGUUGGCUGUAACAUGAUGUCGUCUCAAAGAAGGCCUGGUCACUCUUUCAAAUCUAAAGCGAGCCUGGCCUCUAGGGUUAGUUCCCAGGUCCAUCUCAUUGCCUGGCCAGAUCUUCUGCGAAUCACAAGAGUGUAUCCUGAGAUCAGGGAAUGCAUAAUGGAACAGAUGGAGCUAUUGUACGACCUGGACUCCGGAGAAAUGGACGAUCAAGAUUCUGCCAGGGCAGGAGACCAAAAACGAGACUAUUUCGACUUACUCCAAAUGGGCGCCGGUGAAAACAGUGCUCAAGUUUUAGCAAUGGGAGGACGUAGAUCCAGAUCAAAUACUGUAGGGGAAUUCUCCACAACAAACGACCGAAUAUCAAAUAGAUAUCAGAUCGACAGAGGGCUGUUCACCACUGAUGUAGAUGUACCACAGUUAGAAGCAAGACUCGCACAUAUGGAAGAUUUAAUAACCAAAAUUGCUAAGUCCUUAAACAUAGAGGAGGGCGUGACACGAAAACGUAAGAGCCAAUCAGCUAACGACUUGUUUUCGAGUACUUCGUAUGUUUAACUAGGUCCCCUCCAGGACCAAUUAUUAUUUUUCGCAUGACAGGGGGGGAGGGGUUGUAGAUGGUGGGGGGACUAUAGAAAAUUGACUUCCAAGUCGGUUCAACCAUUAGAAUACUACAAAACCCGGAUCGAGUAACUUUUUUUUGUGACACAACUAAAAUUCUUCCGGCCCCAACCCCCAUCCUCCUUCUCUCCCGCUUCUCCUCCCCACCCCCCCUGCGUUAAAUUGUGACUGGUCCUUUAGUCCUACGUUACAAAAUGGACGUAUGUAAAAAUCAGACCAUUUCAGAUUUUGAAACUUGACUUCUGAAAGAUUGCACUAUGACCGUUUUUGUUUAAUCCGACAGAGCUGAAUAAUAAAAUGCUACGUCAGAGGA